UUCCGGUUCACCUACUUCCUGUACAUCUUUUAAAUAGACGUAUGUCGGCUUCAGAUGCAGGUUCUGUUCGCGUAUUUGUGCUGUUUUUGUUUUUAAAAAUGUUCCUACUUUCGUUUGGAUUUGUAUUGGUUUUUGACAGAUUACGAUGUUCCUAAACCUCUUUACGAUUGCUAUUUAACUAUUAACUUUGGACUGUGUGGACUCCUUGGUAUAGCACUUUUGCACCUCUGCAACGUUAUUAUAGAUAUGACUUAAUAUCUUGUCCGGUGUAAGGACUGGCUUUUUUUUUUUAAAUGGCUUCGUCUUUUUUCUAACUUGAGUCAGUGAGCCUGUCUUUGCUGCUGACCUGGUCCUCAUGUCUGCUGAGGAGAAGAAUGAAGACCCAUCGCCACCAUCCUCCUAUUUUAUAGGGAAAAGAGAAGACAUAGUCAAGGUCAAAAGGGUGACCAAAUUCAUAAAUGGAAGGGAUGUAUUGGUCCUCUACCACAAUGGCACUUUCCAUGCUAUGGACAUGCGCUGCUAUCAUUCUGGAGGACCACUACAAAAUGGAGAUAUCGAGGAAUUCAGUGGCAAACUUUGCAUUGUAUGUCCGUGGCAUAAGUAUAAAAUCACACUGUUGGAAGGCGAAGGAUUAUAUCAAGCUGUGGAUCCAAGUCAGAAGGUCCUCAAACCCAAAUGGGCCUCCAAAGGAAUAAAGCAGCGGGUUCAUCUGGUAAAGGAAGUAAAUGGAGACGUUUUUGUUACACUGAAUGACUUUUCUGGUUCUAUUGACUCUGAUUAUUACCAGUCAGAGCAAUACAGAGCCAUUUUUAAGAAAGCUGAGAAUAAAAUGUGAUUUUUUUUCUCUCUCUACUCUAUUAAACAGGUCCAAAAGUAAGCACUAAGGUGCUAUAAUGGUGGUUCAGUGGGGAGCAUGGUUGUUUCUCACCUCCACGGUUGAGGGCUUGAAUCCCACCUCGAUGUGUAGAGUUUGCAUGUUCUCUCCAUGUCUUGUGGGUUUCGUCUGGACACUGCUUCCUUUGACACAGUCCGGAGAUGUACAGCUAAGCUAAUUAGCAUCUCUGAAUUGGCCGUAGGGUAUGAUUGCAUGUGUGUAGGUGCCCCGUGUUGGACUCCUGCCUUCUUGUCCUCUGUGCUGCUGACAUUACAUCCAUCCAUCCUUCCAUCCAUUGUCCAACCCGCUUAUCCUACUGGGUCGCGGGGGGUCCGGAGCCUAUCCCGGAAGCAACGGGCACGAGGCAGGGAACAACC